AUGGAGGAAGACAAGAAGGUGGUGCCUGCAGAUGAUGGAGGCGGCGGCACGAGCCUGGGCGGCACCAGCUUGGGCGGAGGAACGAUGUUGGGCGGGGCUGCCAAAUCGAACAAGGCCCGUAAAAAUCGCAAGAAGAAGAAGAAGACGGGACCCAAGCCCAACGCCACCGGUGGCGCAACGCAGGACAAGGCCCCUGAACAUGAUAGCGGAGAUGAGGAGGAGGAUGUGAAGCCCACAGAUGAAAAGAGAGCAAAGAAGGACGUCGUCGGCAAUUCCAACAAUCGAAAGCCAUCGAAGCCCGGCGCCGCUGCCAUCGCAGCUUUGUCUGCGCGCUCCUCUAAAGCGAAUGUGAAGAAGGGGCGAGCCGAGAGUAGCAAGUCGGCCAAUGCCAAGAAGCAGGCCGGAAAGGGGAAUCGAGAUGAAGACGAAGACGACGGCUCCUCGUCCGAUGAGGGCGGCGAUGACAGCAGCUCGGGCGAGGACGACUCGGAUGAGGACGAGGGAACGGAGGACUACGUGAAGGGAGGCUACCACCCGGUGCAGGUGGGCGAGCUCUACAACCGACGGUACCGCAUCGUGCGCAAACUCGGCUGGGGCCACUUCUCCACCGUGUGGCUUGUGCACGACACCACCACCCCGCACACGCACCGAGCGCUCAAGAUCGUGAAGAGCGCGACCGAGUACACGGAGGCGGCGAUGGACGAGAUCGAGAUGCUCAACAAGCUCACGCAGCAGGACCCCAAGGACGACAAGCACGUGGUGCAUCUGCUCGACCACUUCCACCACCGCGGCCCCAACGGCAAGCACGUCUGCAUGGUCUUCGAGACCCUGGGCUGCUCGCUGCUCGACCUCAUCAAGCGCACCAACUACCGCGGCCUCCCGCUCGCCAUCGUGAAGCGAAUAACCAAGCAGGUGCUGGUGGGCCUCGACUACAUCCACAGCCUCCAGCUCAUCCACACCGACCUCAAGCCCGAGAACGUGCUCCUCCUCGCGGCCGACGACGGCGCCGGCGGUGCCGGUCCGGUGGGCGCGGGCGCCUCAGACGACGCGGCGGCCGGCGGCAGCAGCAGCGCCAAGCUCACCAAGAACCAGCGGCGCAAGCGGCAGCUCAGGCUCAAGGACGACGAGCCCACGCCACCGCCCCAGACCAUCGAGUCGGCGACGGUCGUGGCUGCGUCGGCGUCGGUAGUGACGGUGACGGCGGAGCUGUCGGUCGAGACGCCAGCGGACACCGCCGGCGAGAGCGAGAAGUCGGCAGCAGAGCCGGUGGUGGCAGAGGUGGCGGAAGAAGAGGCCAAGAAGAAGGAGACGGAGGCGGAGAAGAAGAGCGCGAACGCGGCCAGCAGCGGCCUGAGCCUCGAGCCGACCGACUACACGGUGAAGAUCGUGGACUUUGGCAACGCGUGCUGGACCCACAAGCACUUUACCGAUGACAUCCAGACGCGGCAGUAUCGGUCGCUGGAGGCCAUCGUGGGCGCCAAGUACUCCACACCCGUCGACAUGUGGUCCAUGGCCUGCAUCGUCUUCGAGCUCGCCACCGGCGACCUCCUCUUCGAGCCCCGCUCCGGCAAGAACUUUGACAAGAGCGACGAUCAUCUGGCGCAGUUCAUCGAGACGCUGGGCAACAUUCCGAAGGCGAUCGCCUCGCGAGGCAAGUACGCGCGCCGGUACUUCAACCGGCUGGGCAAGCUCAAGUACAUCGGCAACCUCCAGUACUGGCCGCUGGAGGAGGUGCUCAAGGAGAAGUACCACCUGCCCGCCGACGAGGCCGCCGCGCUCAGCUCCUUCCUGCGGCCCAUGCUCGAGUACGACCCGGCCAAGCGAGCCACCGCCAAGCAGUCCCUCCAGCACCCGUGGCUGCAGGGCGUGUAG